CCCGUUUCGCCCCAGCCUGUCUGUGUCUGUCCCUGCAAAGCCAUGUGGCUGUCCCUGGCGGUCGUUGCGGGCCUGUACUACCUCCUGCGCUGGUACCGGGAGAGGCAGGUGGUGAGCCACCUGCGGGACAAGUUCGUCUUCAUCACGGGCUGUGACUCGGGCUUCGGGAACCUGCUGGCCAGGCAGCUGGACCUGCGAGGCUUGAGGGUGCUGGCUGCGUGUCUGACGGAGCAGGGCGCCGAGCAGCUGAGGAACCAGACGUCCGACAGGCUGGAGACGGUGAUCCUGGACGUCACCAAGACGGAGAGCAUCGCUGCGGCCGCCGAGUGGGUGAAGGAGCGUGUGGGGGACAGAGGACUCUGGGGUCUGGUGAAUAACGCCGGCAUCUCCCUGCCCACCGCUCCCAAUGAGUGGCUGACCAAAAAGGACUUUAUGAAGAUGCUAGACGUGAACCUGUUGGGGGUGAUCGAGGUGACCCUGAGUCUGCUGCCCCUAGUGCGGAAGGUGAGGGGCUGUCUGGUCAACGUCUCCAGCAUCAUGGGCCGCAUGGCCCUCUUCGGUGGAGGCUACUGCAUGUCCAAGUAUGGCGUGGAGGCCUUCUCGGACUCCCUCAGGAGGGAGCUCUCCUACUUUGGGGUGAAGGUGGCUGUAAUCGAGCCUGGUUACUUCAAGACCUUUGUGACCAGCCCUGAGGCACUUUCUCAGAAUUUCCAGGCAGCAUGGGAUCAGGCCAGCCCAGAGGUCAAGGAACUCUAUGGAGAGACAUUCCUGGCCUCAUUCGUGAAGACAUCUACUUUAAUGAAGCCACCACGGUCCGAGAAUCUGUCCUUGGUGACCGACUGCAUGGAGCACGCCCUGACCGCCUGCCACCCCCGCACCCGAUACUCAGCUGGCUGGGACGCCAAACUCCUCUACCUCCCCAUGAGCUACAUGCCCACCUUUCUGGUGGACCUCAUGAUGUACUGGGGUGCCCCACGACCUGCUAAGUCCAUGUAA